CUCACCUCCUAGCAGGUUCUGAGCUAAGGUUCUUGCCUAAUUGUUCUUUCCCUGAGGCAGAUAGGGGACGUGAAAAGGAAAAUAACUCCCUAGCAUCUCCCUCUUUCUUUCCUCAUCAGGAAGUCCCUCCUCCAGUCCUCUUUGGUGGCAUGCCAUGCCAAGAGCAGUGUGUGUGUAAAGGAACAAAAAAUAUCCAAUGCAGUCAAGUCCUUCCCAGACUUUGCCACUGAUCCCUUUUACCUUCUUUCUCCUAAUAGUUUAUUUGGUUGGUCUGGACUCACUUGUGGCCUUUGAUUAAAUUCCUAAGGGGCCUGAAGAAGACGUAACUACUUAGAGGCACUAGAGCAAGGACCCCGCCCCAUGCCCCAACUCUGCCAGUCAAGGUAGGGGGAGUCACUUCCUGGGGAUGGAACCAGACAAGAUAAUAGGAGCUCACAAGGAAACAGAAGCUGUGACAAGUUUAGUAGUCUCAAAUGGGUUACAUCCCCUUCCCCCAUCACAUCAGAAUCUUGUGAAAUGGGAAAACAACAGAAGGAGGGGAUCGGAUGGAAAGAAGCAGAUCUCUCACAGGCUUUCCGGGCUGGACAGAGGUGGGAGUCAGACCUGAGAGUUGGGUGGAGAGCCCUGUUUGAGGCUGUGGCUGAUCCCUGGUACUACCUUUUCCCCUGGGGGCAGGAAGCCCUAGGAAGAGGGGACUGUAGGGUCCUCAGGGGAUCUUUCCUCCCUCUCCUGCAUGAGGCAGAGGCAAGCUGCCUGCCAACCCCUUCCCUCAAGGAAUGGCCUUGCCUGGGAAUGCCCACCACAUAUCUUCUUCUUUUUUUCUAGUCAAACUCUGUUUACUCCUUGGCCUGCCUCCCUCCUUCCUCCCCUCUCAACCUUUACUUCUGAUUUCUAUUUCAUGGAAUUUGGGAUUGACGUUAAAUUACAACAGUGCCGCCAACACCAAGUCUUGCAGGAAAAAAAAAUACAAAGAAAUUUAACAAAAAAAAUAUAUUAAUAAAAAAGUUCAAAAAAGGGGGGGGACUGUUAUCUCCUUUGGGUUGCGAUGGCUUCAAAUCUAAAUUCUCUGAAGCUCUCCGGGUGCUGAGGAUAUACAAGAAGGCCUCUUGGAGGAUCCCAGGCCUUCAUACAGUCUUGCCGCCCCAGUGGGAUAAGAGCUUCUUCCCUUAAACAUUAAAACUGAAGUCUGAGGAUUCAAGGCUCAGCAGGUCGGCCCAGGAAGGGCGGGGUCCCGUGGUGGAGGCGGGGAGAGGGAAGAACUAGUCCAAGCACCAACCCCUACUCCUCUCUGUACCAGGAAGCGCUGGGGGGGAGAGAAGCAGAGACAGAAGCCAGGAUGGUGGUGCCUUCGCUAAAGCUUCAGGAUCUAAUCGAAGAGAUUCGCGGCGCCAAGACUCAGGCUCAGGAACGGGAGGUGAUCCAGAAGGAGUGUGCCCACAUCCGGGCCUCCUUCCGCGAUGGGGACCCUCUGCACAGACACCGCCAGCUGGCCAAACUGCUCUAUGUCCACAUGUUGGGUUACCCCGCCCACUUUGGACAGAUGGAGUGCCUGAAACUGAUCGCCUCCCCCAGAUUCAUAGACAAAAGGGUGGGCUACCUGGGAGCCAUGCUCCUAUUGGAUGAGAGGCACGAUGCCCACCUGCUCAUUACCAACAGCAUCAAGAAUGACUUGAGCCAGGGGAUUCAGCCAAUACAAGGCCUGGCUCUGUGUACUCUGAGCACCAUGGGCUCUGCCGAGAUGUGCCGGGACCUGGCCAUGGAGGUGGAAAAACUGUUCCUGCAGCCCAGCCCCUAUGUGCGCAAGAAGGCUAUUCUGACUGCAGUGCACAUGAUCCGGAAGGUUCCCGAGCUCUCCAGUGUCUUCCUCCCAUCCUGUGCCCAGCUGCUUCAAGAGCGCCACCACGGCAUCCUACUGGGCACCAUCACGCUGAUCAUGGAGCUCUGUGAACGAAGCCCUGCAGCCCUCAGGCACUUUCGAAAGGUGGUACCCAAGCUGGUGCAGAUCCUCCAGACUCUGGUGACAACGGGAUACUCCACAGAACACAGCAUAUCUGGAGUCAGCGACCCCUUCCUGCAGGUCCAGAUACUUCAUCUGCUUCGGAUUUUGGGCCGGAACCAUGAGGAGAGCAGUGAGGCUAUGAAUGACUUGCUGGCCCAGGUAGCCACUAACACAGACACCAGCCGAAAUGCUGGCAAUGCAGUCCUGUUUGAGACAGUGCUCACUAUCAUGGACAUCCGCUCUGCAGCUGGCCUACGGGUUCUAGCUGUCAACAUUCUUGGCCGUUUCCUGCUUAACAGUGACAAAAACAUUAGGUAUGUAGCCCUGAUGUCAUUGCUGCGGCUGGUGCAGUCUGAUCACAAUGCUGUGCAGCGGCAUCGGCCCACUGUAGUGGAGUGUCUGCAGGAAACUGAUGCCUCCCUCAGCCGGAGGGCCCUGGAACUAAGCCUAGCUCUGGUGAAUAGCUCCAAUGUGAGAGCCAUGACAGUGGAGUUGCAGGCCUUUCUGGGGUCCUGCCCCCCUGAUCUACGGGCUGACUGUGCCUCCGGCAUUCUGCUGGCUGCAGAGAGAUUUGCUCCAACCAAGCGGUGGCACAUAGAUACCAUCCUGCAUGUGCUGACAACGGCAGGCUCCUAUGUGCGAGAUGACGCAGUGGCCAACUUGACCCAGCUGAUUGCAGGGGCCCAGGGGCUACAUGCCUACUCUGUGCGCUGCCUCUACAGUGCCAUGGCAGAAGACAUCUCCCAGCAACCACUAGUGCAGGUGGCAGCCUGGUGCAUUGGGGAGUAUGGGGACCUCCUGUUAGAGGGGAACUGCGAGGAAUCUGAGCCCCUUCAGGUGGAAGAAGAGGAGGUGUUGGCACUGCUAGAGAAAGUACUACAGUCUCACAUGUCCCUGCCAGCCACCCGAGCAUAUGCACUCACGGCCCUCAUGAAGCUGAGCACCCGGCUCCGUGGAGACAACAAGCGUAUCCGCCAGAUAGUGUCCAUCUACGGGAGCUGCCAGGAUGUGGAACUGCAACAGCGGGCUGUGGAAUAUAACACACUUUUUCGGAAGUAUGACCACAUGAGGACUGCCAUCCUUGAAAAAAUGCCUCUUGUGGAACGAGGUGGCUCUCAGGUUGAUGAGAAAGCAGAAGAAAGCAUAGCAGCAGCCAAGCUUUCAGAAGCAGCCCCUGUGCCCACAGAGCCCCAGACCUCAAAGCUCCUAGAUCUGCUCGAUCUCUUGGAUGGCCCUUCUGGGGAUGCCCAGCAUCCUCCCCCGCUGGAUCCCUCCCCAGGUGGUACCUCGGUACACCUCCUUGACCUUCCCUGUGCACCUCCACCCCCAGUUCCCAUCCCAAAUCUCAAAGUAUUUGAGCGUGAGGGAGUACAGCUGAAUCUGUCCUUCAUUCGACCUCCUGGAACCCCUGCUUUACUCUUAAUCACUGUCACUGCCACCAACUCCUCAGGGGGUGAUGUCACCCACUUCAUCUGCCAGGCUGCUGUGCCUAAGAGUUUCCAGCUGCAGCUACAGGCCCCCAGUGGGGACACAGUUCCAGCUCGGGGUGGCCUUCCCAUUACCCAGCUCUUCAGAAUCCUCAAUCCUAACAAGGCCCCCUUGCGGCUAAAGCUGCGCCUCACCUACAACCACUUUGGCCAGCCGGUGCAGGAGAUCUUUGAGGUGAACAACUUGCCUGUGGAAACAUGGCGGUAACUGUCUCCACUCACAGCCUAAAAUCCUCCUGUGGUUCAUACCCCAGCGAGUGCUAGGGUACCCGCUACCUUACACCUGAGUGCCACCAGCAGGUGGUGCUCUGGCCCUGCAUUUGCCACUGGAAAAACUGGGAGCCUGCCCGCCUCUCCCUCAAAUACUGAAAGCCCAAUAAAGCCUGAGGGGGGAAGUAAAGCCA